AUGGAAAGAGGCCUGAUUUUAUCACCAGGUUUUCCAAACAACUACUACGCAGGGACACACUGCGUUUGGCAAUUUUUCAUCCCCAUGAGAACCCAUCUUAUCUUGGAAAUUUUUGACUUUGACAUUUUUGAGAGCUCUAGUGAAACUCCAGCCCCCUGGGAUGGCUUUUCAGCCCCUACUAAAACAGGAAAUAAGGACAUGCCUUCUCUUGAGCAAAACCUUGACUUGGCUCUCCGUACUACAAACCCCCCUCUCCAGACCUGGAUGUCAAAGGUGGCUCAGAAUCUGAGCAGCACAAGAGAUCAGUCAAAGGACCUUGCUAGUCACCUGGAUGAACUUCCAGGAACCGCCUCAAAAAAAGAGGAAGCCAAACAAGCAUCUGAAGAAAACCAGUUGAAGCAGAUGAAGGAACCCAAAGUGAUUACCAAGGCUCAAACAGAAGAGCUGCCAUUCCCUGUGGCUGGUAGUGCCACAACGGAGAGGCAAAAUACCAGUGGCCUGGAAACAGAAGAAGAUUUGAAAGAAAAAAUCUUGCUUGCCCACCUAGCUGCUAGUGAGAGAGAUGAAGUUACAGUAGAGAGCUGGACUCUUCCCACAACAGUAUUGCCCGUGGAAAUCUCCUCUAGCCCACAGCCAGCAGUGGAUGUCUGUCCCCAUGAUGUACUUUAUGUUUCUGAUCUCAUCACAUUUUCCUCUCGCUUCUGUGGACCAAAUUCACCUUUAAACAAGACCUUGGUCUUUGGUUCAUCUCUGGAAAUGGUUGAGGUUAUCAUGGAACUGAUCACCACCACAGACCGGGGCCGAGGCUUUGCAAUGCUCUUUGAAUACAAGAACAUCACCGAACCUACCACUGUAGAUGCUGUGAGGCAGGAGAGAAAGGAAAACAUGAUGAUGCUGGCAAUUAUAACAGGGAUUGUCUUCUUUGCGCUUGCUUUGCUCUCUGCCCUCUGUGUAGCUUGCAGGGAAGAGCUGAGAGCCUUGCUGCAGUACCUGCGAUUGUCCCCAAACGUCAUCUGGAAUGACACGGAUCAAAACGGGAUCCAGAACUCCGCCGUCGAUAUCAAUGAGCUCCAGCUGGUGGUGCCAAGUCGGCAGAAUGAAAACAACAACCACUCUGUCAGCCGGGAGCAGGCGGUCACUUCCUGCAGAGGCAGCACAGAACGGUCUCCUCAGGACACUGACCCAGAUGUGCCCUCCUCCAUAUCCGCAGUGACCACUGAGACUGGGAGCGAUGAAGUGUUUAUCAUUUCUGCUGGACCCGGGGCCAGUGGGCUGAGCUUUACCACCUACAGAAUACAGGACAAAAACCUAAAAAGAAGUGUCACGAGCCCAGCCUCUGUGUCUGACUGGCUGACUUCUAAUCACACAGCCGCAGGAGCAGACGCUGUUGAGAAGGGGAACGUCCAGCUGGAAAAUCACUGUCCCAGACAACGCACGUGGAGUGCCCGCACUUUCCACGACUUCCUAGCUCCAAUACCACAGCUACAGAAAAAAUGGUGUAGCUGGACCACCAACAGUCCCUUCACAAAGCUGGUUGACAACAGUAGUUUUCCAACAGCUGCAAGAUCCCAAGGUGUGCCAACCAGAAAGGUAAUCUCAGCCACUGAGAUAGAGGGAGCAUCAGGGACUGUUUACUCUGAUUCAUCUGCCAGUAAUGCCUCGUACCCCCUCACUCUGUCUGCACAAAGGCAGCGGAAGCUAAGCUCCUGCAAUUUGAAGAAAUCCAGGUUCGGUAACCCUUAUUUUGGAUUUUUAGCCAGUUCCCCUGACAGCAAACAGGUGAGGUCCUUAGAUCCCUCAAGACACCUAGGGGCAGCAUCUCCAGUUAACAGCCAAAGCCCCAAAAAUCUUCUGGAGAGCUCCAACCCACUGAAAAUCAACUUGGUCAAUGGCUCGAAAACAAAGGAGCUUAUGGUAGAAACAGAUAAAAACAAACCCGUUUUUGUUAUUUCCGAAGAAGGGGAUGAUCAGCAGCCUCUGGUCCUAGCAGAACAUCUUAGUCAAUGUGGAGAUCAUCUGUCAGAGCAAAAUGCUGUGUAUGCUCCAGCUGUGCCAGAUAAACAGCCGGUGGUUCUGACUGUUGAGGGGAACAGUUCUGCCAGCUUCACGUCAAAUCUUCCCCUUUGGGCAAAAUCCCCUAGUUUAUACAAAGGUCACGUGAAGGCCCCUGGCUCUUCCAGGGACCAGCAGAGCUUGUCAGUUGGAGAUGCUAAUACUACUGAGAUCUCACAGAACUGUGAUACCCUAGCUGCUCCUACGCUAUGCCAAGCUUCAGUCCAGUGA